AUGCCCAUUCCGCCUUCCAAAUACGACAGUGGUCACACGGAUAGUGAGCCAGUCCUUACCCCAGACGCCACUACCUCACCACCGCUCAGCGCUUCACCCCCGGAGGACGCCCUCGGCGAUACUCCAACCCUGGGCCCCGCGAGGAGCCCAAAGCUGUCGAGAAAUCCCUCCUUCUCCGGCAGUUCUUCCUAUCAAGAAGACUGGGAGGCGUUUCCACCUCUAGAUCGGCUCAGCGUCCUCGAUCUACUCGACAACUUUGCCCUGCCCCAGCAGCUGGAAAAGAUCCAGAAGGGAAUAUCUGCCCAAACCGAGAAAGUCCGCAAGUCGAGAGAUGCCUUCAAAUCCAAAAGCCAUCUUGCUAAGGAGCGCAUGGUGGACGAGUGGCGGCGCCGCGUGCCUACCGCCGAGGAGCGCCUCGACAAGUACCGGGCACGCAUGAAGAAGAACGUCGACAGGCUCGGCCGCCAGUGGAACGACACCAAGAUCAUAACAGCCCGCGAAAAGGUCUCCUUCAUAUGUGGUGUCAUGAACAUCUUCAUCAGUGGCUACCUCAUCGGCGCCUAUCCCGAGUUCUUUCACAUCUGGUACACAGCCCAGCUGCUCUACUUCAUGCCCAUCCGCUUCUAUACCUACCACAAGAGAGGCUACCACUACUUUUUGGCCGACCUGUGCUACUUCGUCAACCUGCUGGUGUUCCUCAGUGUCUGGGCCUUCCCUGCCUCCAAACGCCUCUUCGUCUCCACGUACUGCCUCGCAUUCGGCAACAACGCCGUCGCCAUCAUCAUGUGGCGCAAUUCCCUCGUCUUCCACAGUUUCGACAAGGUCACCUCUCUAUUCAUUCAUAUAAUGCCCUGCGUCACCCUUCACUGCAUCACUCACCUCAUCCCAGAGGCAUUACAGCGAGACCGCUUUCCCGCCAUCUGGGCUGUCAAGACGUCGCCACCCGGAACCCCUACAGCCUACGCCAACGUCAUAUCUAUGCUAGCCUGGUCGACUGUUCCUUAUCUGAUCUGGCAGCUGGCUUACUACUUUCUCAUCACCGUGCGACGCCGCGAGAAGAUCGCUGCCGGGCGACCAACAUCCUUCACCUGGUUGCGGAAAUCAUAUUCCAAGGCCUGGAUCGGCAAGGUUGUGCUGUCGCUUCCCGAUAUCCUGCAAGAGCCUGCAUUCAUGUUCAUACAGUACUCCUAUGCUGUUCUCACCAUGAUACCGUGUCCUUUGUGGUUCUACAGCCGCUGGGCAUCAGCUGCUUUCCUCAUGACUGUCUUCACUUGGAGCGUGUACAACGGCUCUACCUAUUAUAUCGACGUCUUUGGCAAGAGAUUCCAGAGAGAGCUUGAGACCAUGAAGGCCGAGGUGGCUAAGUGGCAAAGCAGCCCAGAACUCAUGCUUUCGUCUCCUCUUAUGACGCCCGCGGACGAGAACAAGGGCAAGGCACCAAUCUUUGACGCCUCGAUGGAGAUGCAGGCCCGAGAGCGUCAACAAGCCAAGGAGGGUACGCCUGAGGACAAGCACGCUACCUUGCUCGACCCCGAGGCGGAUGUGGUUUCUUCCUCUAUCGACACAGAUUCGAGCGCGAGAGAUGUGGCCAGGAAGAGACUUGCCAAGGGAACGGGACCUCCGACUCAUUAA